AUGUCCGUGCAGGGCCCCCAGAGGAGGCUGCUGGGCUCCCUCAACUCCACCUCCCCAGCCGCCCCGCGCCUCGGGCUGGCCGCCAACCAGACAGGGCCCCGGUGCCUGGAGCUGUCCGUGCCCGACGGACUCUUUCUCGGCCUGGGGCUGGUGAGCGUGGUGGAGAACGUGCUGGUGGUGGCCGCCAUUGCCAAGAACCGCAACCUGCACUCGCCCAUGUAUUACUUCAUCUGUUGCCUGGCCGUGUCCGACCUGCUGGUGAGCGUGAGCAGUGUGCUGGAGACGGCCGUCAUGCUGCUGCUGGAGGCAGGCGCCCUGGCCGGCCGGGCCGCCGUGGUGCAGCGGCUGGACGACAUCAUUGACGUGCUGGUCUGUGGCGCCAUGGUGUCGAGCCUCUGCUUCCUGGGCGCCAUCGCCGUGGACCGCUACAUUUCCAUCUUCUACGCGCUGCGGUACCACAGCAUCGUCACGCUGCCCCGGGCGUGGCGGGCUAUCUCAGCUAUCUGGGUGGCUAGCGUCCUCUCCAGCACGCUCUUCAUCGCCUACUACGAUCACACGGCCGUCCUGCUCUGUCUCGUCAGCUUCUUUGUAGCCAUGCUGGUGCUCAUGGCCGUGCUGUACGUCCACAUGCUCGCCCGGGCGUGCCAGCACGCCCGGGGCAUCGCCCGGCUCCAUAAGCGGCAGCGCCCCGUCCACCAGGGCUUGGGCCUCAAGGGCGCGGCCACGCUCACCAUCCUGCUGGGCAUUUUCUUUCUCUGCUGGGGCCCCUUCUUCCUGCACCUCUCGCUCAUGGUCCUCUGCCCUCGACACCCCAUCUGUGGCUGCGUCUUCAAGAACUUCAACCUCUUCCUCACCCUCAUCAUCUGCAACUCCAUCGUCGACCCCCUCAUCUACGCCUUCCGCAGCCAGGAGCUCCGGAAGACGCUCCAAGAGGUGCUGCUGUGCUCAUGGUGA